AUGAAUCUCCCUCAGUCCCUCAUCCCGCCCUCAGCCAAAAUGAAAGACAGACCAAAAGGCCAAAACUUUCAACUCCAAAAUCCAAGUGUAACCAUUAUGAAGUUGGUGGCCGUUGUUCUCUUCCUAUCGCUCUGCUUUCAAACGCUGCACUUGACAAUUGCUAAAGAUGAUCCCCUACUGUUAAUUGACGAUUCGAAAUCUGCAACGAGAAGCUUGCAAGAACAAGGCAACGACACAACAACAACCGAUCCGCCGAUUGAAACCAUUGCACCAGUGAAUGACACAGAAAUACCAUCGGAUACACCCAUGCAAUCAAACUCUACUGAAUCGGAACCACCAACAAGCGCCCCUAGUGCUGUAGCAACUGCCACCAUGGAACCAACUUUCAAUACUACCGAUGAUGAGCCACCAGCAUCAGAGCCAGACGAUUCAUCAUCAGGCUUGCAAACCACAGAUAUUGCGCUGAUCGUAGUUGGGUUGCUUGGCAUUGGGUGUCUAGGAUUUGGAGUGGGCGGAAGCUUUCUGUCGGGUGGCAAGGAUGCUGUGAAUGAAAACGCCAAUGGCAAUGGCAAUGCUGCUGCUCCAACUCCCAGUCUGGCACCAGCAGCUGUCCGAAGCGACGUGGUGGAAAUUGCUGAAGCAUAG